UCAAUUAAUUGAAACUUGUCCUUGUUGAUCUCGUAGCGCGAGUCACAAGCAACCUGUUAGAUUAUUUAUCCCAUUUUUCUCAUUGCCUUCUAAUUAUUAUCUAGGAAAGGUCAGAUUUUCUUUUUCCUUUGUUUUCUUUUUUUCAUCCAUUAAUUAGGGACGGCUGUUGACACAUUCAUUAGCGGCGAACUCGUCUGAUUGCUGAGGUGAAAUGUAGUUGUCAGUUGUAAACGACAAGCGGAGUAACUCGUUCACUCUGUGAGGAGGUAGGCUGCUAAUUAAUAUACUCGCAGCCAUCCUUUGUUGACACUAGCUGGAUCUAAGUCACAGCCAACCGUUUGAGUGAAUUAAUAUUUCUUGGUUCGAUUUUUGCCAUGAUGACGUACAGCUAAAACUUAUCUCCCUGUAUAUAGACAUAUAUUACCUAUAUAUAUAUAUAUAUAUAUAUAUAUAUAUAUAUAUAUUAAUUAAUAUACAAACCGGUGUGUGAGUAUAUAUAUGUACAUAUAUGUAGGUAAUUUCUGUUUAUAGUUGAAUAACAAUGCAUAUAUGUAUGUAUAUACGGAUGUAUUAUACUUUUAAUAAGUGGUAAAGUGCGAGAGACGACACAGUUGAUCUCAAGUAUCCAUUCUCGGAGUACAUUAAAGAGCUUUCGUCUUCAGACAACCUGUUGAGAGAAUGGACACUACCACAAACCAGGUACCAGGUGCUGAAUUAAGCGGAGAAAAUGCCAGAACAAUCGAAAAUGAAAUGAAAAGUUCAAUCUCUGCAAAUGAAGCAUCAUCAAACAGAAGGGAGAUGACACCGCUGAAGAAAGCCAAGGAAUUACUUGCAUCAAGCAAUGUGAAGCUGUCUGAACAAAUGCAAGGACUAAAAGUUAUCCUCGGAGUCACUAUCUCCUCUGGACUGAUAGUUACCAUCGCACUUAUUGUAAGCAUUUACCAAGGAGACCCCGAGGUUCUCCCUCAUGGUGGCUGUUCUACAGCAACUCCCCACUGUUCUACGAUCUGCGCAGAGACACUUAAAAAAGGUGGCAAUGCUGUUGAUGCUUCAAUUGCAGCUACAUUUUGUAUUGGGGUGGUGAACCCACAUCACUCCGGCAUUGGUGGUGGAGGUUUCAUGCUUGUUCAUAACCAUAAAUCUAUGGAGAACACAGCUUUUGAUUUCCGGGAGACAGCACCAAGAGCUGCACAUCCCAGCAUAUAUGAAAAUAAUCCCAAAUUGUCAAUUAAGGGUCCAUAUUCUGUAGCUGUCCCAGGUGAAGUUAAAGGGAUGGAAGCUGCUCACAAAGAAUUUGGUCGAUUAUCUUGGUCCGAAGUUGUGAUGCCUGCUGUAAAAUUAGCUAGAAAUGGUUUUGUUGCCUCAGAAAGUUUUGUUAAAAAUAUGGAGAUGGUGCAGGAUGAAAGUGCAGAGUUUCUUGCAGCAUUUACUCCAGAUGGAAAGAUUCCACCAGUGGGAGAAAUAAUGUACAGGAAAGAUCUUGCUAAUGCCCUGGAAACCAUAGCCAAUGAGGGGGCUGAUGCCUUCUAUAAUGGAUCCUUGUCCCUCGAAAUAGUCAAAGCUACAAAGAAAUUUAUCUCCUUGGAAGAUCUUCGUGAAUACAGUGUGAUCAAACGUGAUACUGUGAGCACAACAUAUGGCGAUCAUGCUGUCUUGUCCAUUGCUCCACCAUCAGGUGGUGUCAUUCUGCUGUCAAUUCUUAACAUCUUGAAUGGAUACCAUUUUGGACCUGCAGAUCAACAUUCACCCAAGACGUACUUCAAAUUAAUUGAGGCAUUCAAGUAUGCAUAUGCCCAGCGGGGCAGCUUAGGCGACCCAUCUGAUAGAGAAUUUCGGGAAAAAAUUAUGAACAGUACAAAUUAUUUCCUUAGUCAUGAAGCAGCAAAGACUAUUCGUGAGAAGAUCAACUCUAUGAACUAUACCUCUGAUUAUAACAUUUCAAGAUACAUGCCUAGUUCUGUCUUUCGAGAAGACAAAGGAACGGCCCAUGUCUCUGUAAUAGACAAUGAUGAACUCAUGGUUUCAGUCACAACUACGAUCAACACAUGGUUUGGUUCACAUCUUCUCACAAAGUCUGGAAUACUUCUCAAUAAUGAAAUGGAUGAUUUCUCCACAUCAAAACAUUUAAAUUAUUUUGAUAUUCCUCCCAGUCAGGUAAAUGACAUCAAGCCUGGCAAACGGCCUCAGUCAUCAGUAGUUCCUGCAAUUGUCCAUUCUCUGAGAGCACCAUGUGACCUGCGUUUAACAAUUGGAGGAACCAACGGUAGUAAAAUACCCUCAGGUAUUGCUGAAGUUUUAAUCAAUAUACUGUCGUUUAAAAUGGAUCUGCAAACUGCAGUAAAUGUACCUCGACUUCAUAAUCAGUUAUUCACCAAUAUGACAGAAUAUGAAACAAAUUUCAAUGAAACUAUUGUUAAGGCUUUAUCCAGAAUGGGUCAAAAUAUGGUGAAGCAGAAGAAAGCAAUAAAUAUCGUUCAAUUUGUGGCCAAGAAUUACUCAGCUAUUACAGCUGUAUCGGAUCACCGUAAAGGAAAUUAUUCAACAGUUUAUUAAAUAACCUCCUCUGGGAGACACAAAUAAAACUGUGACAGGAUUCAAUCUCAGACAAUGGAGAAAGAUUUUACCAGAUGUUUCCAAUGAAAUAUAUACUCACACACAUUUAUACAAGUAUACGGGACCAUGUACAUAUCUCAAUGCAUAUGUACACACAUGCAUACAAGACCAAGCAAAUAUGUACAGAAACACAUAUGCACACAGACAAAUUUCUCUCAACUUUGCUUUAGUUCUUUUAAACUAUACAAAUUACCAUGACAGGUAAAAGAAUAUCGUUUUAUUAAUUGUUAUUUUCCUUUCUUUUAAUAUUUAAUGUUUUAUAAAUUGUUGUUGUUAUUAUU